AUUUCAUGAAAAUAAAACCGUGCAAGAGUGUGAAUCGUGUAAUGAAAUCAAUGUAGAGCUGUCAGAAUGUAUUAGUUGGCUUUGGAUCAAAAUUCUGUGAUCAAAUAUAGCUGCGAUAACUAUUUUGGGAGUUGGUGAAGAUUUAGCAUUACAGACGCGCAAAGAAAAAAACUCAACGAUAGAUUAAAACAAUAAAACAUUAACAGUAUUAAGCUAAAUUUCAAAGACAUUUUUGAGUAAAAAAAGAAAGUGACAUUUUAAAAGAGUCAUGAUUCGGGACGAAGUUGAGCGGAUUUCAAGUCCGACGACGAUCAAGAUGUCGUCCAGAGCGUCGGCAUUUUCCAUAGCGGCGAUCAUCGGGGAGCAACCUCUCCGUCGGGCCUCCGACAACGUCUCUCCUUCCGUGAGCGACUCGGACUCCGAAUCCAUUCGGGACUCGGACCUUAGCAGGGAGGAAUGUGCAUCCCCGGGAGACACGAGCGCCUUCUCUCCCGUACCUUCGUCACGUGGCAGCCCCGCCCCCGCCCCGGCAACGUGCACGUCGGAAGAACUCGUGGGUUGCACGUGCAAGCUGGAGACCAGGGAACUUUGGGAGAAGUUUAACGAACUGGGAACAGAGAUGAUAAUCACAAAGACUGGACGGCGGAUGUUCCCAACUGUCAGAGUAUCAUUUUCCGGUCUUGAGCCGACUGCGCGCUACUCCGUGCUCAUGGACAUAGUUCCUGUGGACAAGAAGCGCUACCGGUACGCCUACCAUCGGUCAUCGUGGCUGGUAGCCGGCAAGGCCGACCCACCACCACCCUGCCGCCUCUAUAUGCAUCCAGAUGGGACCUUUAACGGGGAUCAACUUAUGAAACAAACAGUCUCCUUUGAGAAACUGAAGCUCACAAAUAACACACAGGAUAAGAAUGGACAGAUUGUCCUGAACUCGAUGCACAAGUACCAGUCUCGUAUUCACCUCGUGAAGGUUGAUGACGUCAUGAAAACUCCGCCCACGUCAUUACUUGACCUUGACCACAAAACCUUUCUGUUCCCGGAAACAACCUUCAUCGGAGUUACAGCAUACCAGAACCAAUUGAUCACCAAGUUGAAAAUUGACAGCAACCCGUUCGCUAAAGGAUUCAGAGAUUCAACACGGCUGUCUGAGUUUGAAAGUUCGAUGGAAGGAAUGAUGCAGACGACAUGUUUUCCCAGAACCCCCUUACGAUCCUAUGGCGACCCGGAAAUGAUCGAUCCGCUUCGGAUUUCUCCGCAAGAAAGACAUAAAGCAAUGGCUGAGAGCAUGUCCGUAUCAUGGCGCCAAAUGCCGACUGCGUCAUCAAUCCAAGGAUUCCAAGCUGCAAUACCUUCGUCACUACAUACGUCACUUCCGCUUACAUCAUCAGACCCGGCCAUGUUUUCGUCGCUGUACAACUCCAUGCUGGCGGCCCACCCUCUCUAUAACCAAGAACUGUUGCUCAGAAGCCAGCUGUUGAUGAAGAGUGCACUAUCUGCCUCACAUAAUGUAUUACACAGCAAAGUGUCGAACAGAUAUCACCCGUACAUGCAGCCCUCUCCGGACAGAUUACGGGAACAUUCUUAAUUGUGUUCAAAACUGCAUAAUUCUAUAUUAUAAUGAUGGCUGUUUUUAUGUUAUAUGCAUGCCAUGUACAUGUCUUCCAAAUCAUCAGUGUCAAACUAGUGGAAGUUUAUAUUGUGAUAUCUUCAUGUGUUUGUUAAUUUAAUUACAAUUUAAUGUGUUCAUAAUUUAUACACCUAUGUAAAUGUUCUUAAGAUAAAUUACAUGUAGCUAUUGGGAUUACCAAUUUGUAGCAAUAAAACAUGUUUUAAUUUUAAAUACUUUUAAUCUUAUUGGUGCUGCUUAAGUGUUUAGUGUUUAUUUAUGUUUGUUAGUUUUGCACACAUAAAAGUACCGUUUUGUAGAAAAGGAUGUUAUUUAAUGAAGUAUAGUUGCUUGAAUUGUUAUUGUAUACAUUGUUAAAGAAACGUCACAAUCACGUAUGACGUCACAAUCACGUAUGACGUCACAAUCACGUAUGACGUCACAAUCACGUAUGAUAAAGUUUAGAUAGAGCAAAAUUAAAAUAUGAAAAAUAAAA